UCAGAGAACGUCUCCAUAAAGCCCAUCUUACAUGUAAAUGAUAUGACCAACAGGGAGAAAAACAGAUCAGAAUAAAGACUAUGUGCGCAUGUUAGUCAAAUAACACCUCAAACAGAGCGUAAUCACAGGGAUAAGUUAAGAUAAUGUGGUCUAAAUGAUAAAUAUGAGUCACUCUAAACUGGAGGCUACUGUGAGCGGGGGCGAGGAGCCAACUGUGGCAUCCAGGCAGCAGCGUGCUUCUCUCCGCCUCCUCUGGCUCCCGCACCUGCAAAGGCAAGAAAGAUCCACCCCGAAGCUCGAUAAAACGGAACGUCUCCCCCUUGAUUUUGAGGGGGUGUUGCAGCCGUGAGACAGCCACAGAGGCCCGGGCCGGCAACCCCCCCACCGACGCCGGCAGAAGCUGCAGCGCGCUGCAGGCUGACGGAGAGGACGCAGUGCCGCACUUUGCCCUUCUUCUUUAUGGCGUUGCGUGUCCGGACGCCGGCGUCCCAGAGAGGCGGUCGACCGGGGGAGAGCGUUCGCCUCUCUCCGCGAAGGACGGUGGUGUCCUGAGAGCUCAAACAUGCCGUGCUUCGCCGCUGGAAACGUCGCCGCCCGGGCUGCAAUCCGCCGCUGCGCUCCUUGAGGGAAUCAAAGUUGGUGCAAUGGAGACUUCCGGGAGUGAUGCUGCGCUCGCAUACCUGGAGAAAACGGGCGAGAGAGAUGGAUAUUAUGAUCUGGAGCAUCUCCCUCCACUGCUGGAAGAUGAGGAAAACGUGUCCCUGGCUGACAUUCUGUCGUUGCGGGACAGCUGCCUGAGUGAGGAGGAGGUGUGGGCCGUGUGUGCAGAGUGCGUUUUGGCCCUGCAGAGCAUCAGACCCUCCCACCUUUUUUACACCCUGUGCAUAACCCCGGACACGCUGGCCUUCAACGCCCAUGGGAACGUUUGCUUCAUGGAGCAGCUCAGCGAUGAUCCCGAUUGCUCCUUUGUCCCUCCGGAGUUUGACAACACGGGCAGCACAUUCGAGGGCCAUAUUUACUCUCUGGGCUCCACACUUUCUGCUGCACUGAACUUUGUCAUUGAGCCAGAGCUCGAGGCUGAACUGGGCGAAGAAAUUCAGAAUCUGUUGCAGCAGAUGCAGGAGGAGACGCCUGAAGACAGACCUGAGCUGGAGGACAUUCUGUUGCUGGCUGAAGAGCAGCUAGCUCACACCUCUUCUGCUGCCGUGUGCCGGAAAUUGUCUUCGAUUGGGCGAAGAGUGCUCUCCAUCGAAUCGGUUUCAAACAUUCAAGAUGAGCAGGAAGAGUGCUGGGAGGCCAGAUGGCAACACUGCAAAGCCAGAUGUCUCCUGAAAAGACUAAACUCAGAGGAUAAGACCAAAGACCUGUCUGACACCUUUGUGUCAAAUAGUGUUUCCAGACAGCAGGUAGUGUGUGAGGCCUGGGAUUCCUCUCUAUGGGCCGAGGAUAAGGAAAGUGACGAGGCAGACGGCACGAUUCUGACAGAAGAGAUGGAUUGUCGGUCUUACAACAGCUCCCCGGUGAAAAGGAGAUCCCAGCAGAGAGUCAGGGGAGCAAGGGGAGCCCUUAAUCGUUCCUGUUCGGUCCCGGACUCCAACAACCCCCCCUGUUUCUCCACUCCCCCUCACGGAGAUAUAAGUAUCCCCGUUUCUGACCUCACAGAGAUAGGAGCGGAUGAGCGCUCCGGUUCAAAGUCUGUGUGGAGCAACAGACUCCAGAGACUAAACCGGGGGAAAUCCUGUGAGUCCUACCCUCACUGCAGAUCUCAGGAUCAGGAGAAGGCACACGGAAAUGAUGACGCAGAUGCUUGCACAGAUGAAAUACGGGAUGAAGACUGUGUUAAAACCGUGUCAAGAGGCAGUAUCCAGGACCUAGUGUCCUGUGCGUCUUGCCGAGAUCUGGAAAUGGCACAGAACUCUUCGAAGGAUGAGAGCGUCACAAACCCCAACGUUUCCAUUUCUUAUAACUAUAUGACCAAAAGCAUGCUGUGCCUGAAUGAAGAAUCUCAGGAUGAGUGGAUCUCUCUCAGGGAGCUACUGACUCAUUGUGGACAGAGGCUGACAGUUAAUGAGCUGUGGGCUCUGUGUUACACCUGCCUGUCUUCAUUGCAAUCUUACACUGACUUUCCAGCUUACUUAUGCCUGGACACAGUGUUUGUAAACUGCAAGGGAGAAGUUAUUUUUCUAAAACCUAAAACAAUUGAAUCCCACGAUGGCUUUUUUCUUGCCCCUGAAUAUCAGGAACAUGGCAUUGUAACUGAGAAGGUCUGUGUGUAUGGGGUCGCCGCUAUCCUCUGGGCGUCGGCCAAGUUCAGCUUAUCUCCGAAUCAAAAGCUGGCGAUGCCUCGUAAAAUGAAGAGGCUGCUCUUGGACAUGGCUAAGAGGACUCCCAUGGAGAGACCGACCAUCGUCAUGGCUAAAAAGAGUUGCCUCUGUAAUCUGUCUCGUCAGGGGAUUAGCGCCGAGACUGUCUGGGGCAACCUCAUCAGCAGAGUUCACCCGCCAGCUUCGACAGGCCACCGUGCAGAAGACUUGAGUGAAAGUGGUCAUCAGCAGUGCUCGACUAAUGAACCCCAACAGAACAGUGGCUUUGUGCCCAUGGCCAAUGAGAGCCUACUGGCUCCUGUGCCUGGCCCUGUUCCCCACAGCUAUCCGGUCAAUAUGGAACUCCAGCUCCCAGAGGCCUUCACUUCCACUGCCACACACUUCACCCCCAUCAUCCUGACCAAUGAAGGGGAAACAGAGGAGGAGGAAAGCGAGCGUCUAGGAACCGUCACUGAAGGGACAGCGGGCAGAGUGACAAAGAACGGCGCUCAUCUUAUGGAAAGCUGCCUAGAUGUCUCUCCGCAUCUGCAUCAACCACAUUCUAAAGCCAACCUAAAUUCACAAGAGCUGACUGACUAUGACACAGUCACCAGGACUUCUUCCAAAUCAUCCAGCAUGAUACUGGAGGACUCUCCCUCAGCUCUGUCUGAUAUUUCCCUCCUUGAAGUCUCUCUUCCCAGUCUCUCGUCCCCCUUAUCCACUAACCUCAACAACUGUGGCAUUUUCAACAACUACCUCUUUUGGCAGGAUCCCAUGACAGGACAUCUUUCAUUGGUGCCCGUCAAGGUCAGGGCUCCUGAGGCUUUACAUGGAUUGGAUGUAAACCCCUCUUUGGUCCCACAGUCUUUGCAAGGCCUAAUGACAGGCCAGGAGGACAAGGGGGGUUUGUUUAUUGACUCUAUGAGCGUUACCAUGAGGCCUGGGACUCAGAAUCUCUUUUGUGUUAGUGGUGGCUCAGUGAUUUCUGACAGCUCCCUGGAUGAUCCUGCACAUCAGAUGUACUGUGGACAAACAGAUAAUAAAGCACAAGGUGAGAGAGAGUCUGCCUCCAGAGAUCAACAUGCCGUGCAGGACAUGACCGACCUGCUCAAAGGACAGUUUUCAAUUAAGGGAUGUUUAGACAAUGGCCGUCAGGACAUCAUCAUGGGGGAAUACCUUUUCUCUUUGAAGGGACUCCAGUACUGCCAGUUUGCCAGUGUUGUGAAGGAGAAAUUCUGCCAUCUGCCCUGGGAAGAUGACUUGCUGGGUGUGUUGCACAGCCUGGUGAACCACCGCUGCUCAACACUGUGGGUAUCCGUCUUCAUCGACUCUGGAGCGGACACUGAGUUCAUGGAUGAGGCGUUGGCCAGGAAAUUGAACAUCCCUCUUCUGCAUGGCUCCUCCCCCCGCAGUGUGCUUGCCCUGGACGGCCACGAACUGAACCAUUCUCGCCUCAUCACAGAACCCUUGGAACUGACUAUGGGAGUUCUUCUCCGGCUCCUCCAGAACCAGCUUUAUGUAAAAGCUGAGAAGUGUGAGUUUCACUCAUCAUCGACCUCCUUCCUCGGCUUCAUUCUAUCCCCUGGACAGAUUUCAAUGGACCCGGCCAAGGUCCGGGCCGUCACGGAGUGGCCCACGCCUGUAGAUCGAAAGCAGCUCCAGAGGUUCCUGGGGUUCUCUAACUUCUACAGGAGGUUCAUUCGAAACUUCAGCCAGGUUGCUUCCCCACUUCACGCACUCACGUCCAGCAAGACUAAGUUUGCUUGGAACGAGCAGGCUGACCAGGCCUUCAAGCGCCUAAAGAGUCUUUUCACCUCUGCCCCGGUUCUUGUUUCUCCUGACCCAGAGAGGCAGUUUAUAGUGGAGGUGGAUGCUUCAAGUUCUGGGGUUGGAGCGGUCCUCAGCCAAGAAUCCACUGACGGCCGUAUUCACCCCUGUGCCUUCUUUUCCCGAAGGCUGUCUAAGGCUGAACAGAAUUAUGAUGUGGGCAAUCGUGAACUCUUGGCUGUUAAGUUAGCUCUCGAGGAGUGGAGGCACUGGCUAGAAGGCUCCAAGCUCCCGUUUUUGGUCUGGACUGACCACCGUAACCUUGAAUACUUAAAGACUGCCAAAAGGCUCAACCCUAGACAGGCCAGACCCGGAUCCAAAAAUGGCAAGCCCGAUGCUCUGUCCAGGGUGUUCGAGACUUCAGAGAAAGAUCUCGACCAAGAACGGGCAUUCAUCUUACCCGACACAGUUAGGCCUAAGGUCAUCGACUUCUGCCACAGCUCCCGCUUAUAUGGUCAUCCCGGCAUCAGUAAGACCCUUAGGCUCAUCCGCUCCCAGUUUUGGUGGCCUUCCCUAACCACAGAUGUCAGCCAGUUUGUCUCCGCCUGCUCACCCUGCAACCAGGCUAAGGCUUCCCGUCGUCCCCCAGCAGAUUUACCCUGGGUGGAGCACGCCAUUAAUGCCACACCAUCCUCCUCCACUGGUCUUUCCCCGUUCUACGUGGUUUAUGGCUUCCAGCCGCCAGUGUUUGCCACUGAAGAGGUGAAGUCCAGAGUCCCGUCUGCCCGUCUCUCAGCCUUAAGGUGCCAACGCGCCUGGAGGAAGGCCAAGAGGGCCAUUCUUGCUGCCUCCCAGAAUCAGGCCCGCACAGCCAACCGUCGGCGGGUUCCUGCCCCUCAAUACCAGGUUGGAGACAGAGUUUGGCUGUCCACCAGAGACCUUCCCCUGAAGGUCGACAGUAAGAAGUUGGCACCCCGGUAUAUCGGGCCUUUCACCAUUUCCAAAGUGGUGAAUCCUGUGGCGGUCCGUCUCCGUCUGCCUCCUGCUAUGAAAGUCCAUCCCACGUUUCAUGUUUCACGGGUCAAGCCUGUCAAGACCUCCAGUCUGGUUCCCACCGCCACGCCCCCACCUCCCACCCGUCUGGUUGAUGGCUCCCCUGCAUACACCGUUAAGAAGAUCCUGAAGUCCCGUAUAUGGGGUCGGGGCACCCAGUACCUCAUCGACUGGGAGGGUUACGGGCCUGAAGAACGCCAGCAGAGCAGUAAGCUGGAAUAUCCAGCAGAAAGCCCCAGGCUCUGUGUAGAAAGCCCCAGGUCGGGAUUCAAACCCAGGACCUCCCUGCUGCAAGGAAACAGUGCUACCAACUGUUCCACUCUGCACAGUAGGGGUGUGAAGCCAAACAGUUCAGAGUCUGGGGUCAUGGAGGCAGGAGGUCAUCCAGCGGGGUGCAGCGAUGAAAGCCCCUCUGAAGCGCAGUUUCUGUCAGGGAGAGGGGAAGAUCUGAUGGGAAGCCACGAUGAGCAGAUGAGUCCGGACUCCUCGGAGGACAUGGAGGACGGCGACUCUCCGGCGUCGGAGCGGCUCCUUUCGCCCACGUCCGCAGCAGGCUGCACAGGCCUCGGCUUCAGCUCGGCCUGGGCGCUGGCUCUCUUUGGGGAAGAUUGCUUUGGCCCGGAGGUGAUUGAGUAUGCGUCGAAUCUGGGAAAGCACACCGGAUCGCCGGGUCUGCAAGUGAAAGUGCAGGAAGUGCAGCAGCAGCUGACAAUUGAGACCAGGAAUCUGAAGAAAACCAGGAAUUUCUAUCAGAAGCUGAAGAAUCAGCAAGAGAGAAAGAACAAAGGUCCUGACAGCAAACUGAUGCUCUCAAAACUCAAGUCACAGCUUGAAGAACUCAGAUCCAAGGUGGCCUUUUUGGAUUGUGUGAAGAAUUACCUUGAGGUUCUGAGUGUUGAUCAGUGGGGUCUGGAGGUUUCUUUGCUGCCCUGUCUGGCUGCCUGUGGAUGUCAGCCUUUGAGCCUUGGGUCCACUGAGGACGCCUCUGUUCUGAGCUUUGGUACCAGCAAAGGGAAGAGGACUUUGCAGGCUGGGUCUCCUCUGGGACUAAUGGCUUACCUUUAUGCCAGAAACGCCGCUGCAGAGGGCUACAUCCAACAGUUCCUGUAUACGUACCGCUUCUUCUGCACCCCUGAAGACUUGCUGCAGUUUAUUAUGGAUAAGUUCAUCGGCGCUGUAAGGGAGGGCCCGGAUAUGUCAGGAGACAGUGAGAGGAUCUUUCACCGCAGUCUGGACCUUCUGCAGAUCUGGAUGACAGACUGCAAAUCAGUGGACUUCACCCCAAACUCCAGUCUCGUGGUCACAUUAGAAACGUUUCUGAAUACCGAGGUGAUCCCUGUUGACAGCCAAGGUGAGGCCCUUCUCGCUGUUCUCUACAGCCAUCCAAACACAACUACAUUAAGCCAAGUGACAGGAAGUCUCAUCAGCCUCAUUGAAGAAGAUGAGUCUGUUUGUUUGCGGUCAUCUACUGAGGAUCUUAGCAAGAAGUGGAGGAUCUCGCGGGUGGUGGAGGCCUCUCCUUCCAUGUCCAAAGAGAAGGCCUUCACGAUUGCUGCAGCCCUGCCCGCUCCUUGCUACGGCUCCCUGAUGCACGACUUGUCCAACGCCUGCCUGCAAGGCGAAGAGCGGCUCCCCUUCAGCCAGACUGAACACAGCGUGCUGCACGUAGCCCAGCAGCUCACGCUCCUGCAGCAGGAAGUAUUCCAAGGAUGUCAUCCAGUUCAUUUCCUCAAGUCCAGAACGCAAGGAGUCAGAGACAAACUCUGCAGCCCGAACAAGAACGUGUCGCAGCGUAUCCCGCCAGCAGAGGGCAGCAAUGCGCUCGUCCAGGAGGGGCCCCCGGCAGACAGCUUCCUCCAGCAGCUGCUCACAUACGCAAAGAGUGUCACUAACUGGAUCUCUGCAGAGAUAGUUAUCUGUGACUCUGCGAAGACCCAGGUUGCCACGCUGACCCGGUACCUGUGGAUAGGGAAGUACUGCUACGAGAUGAGGAACUUUGCCACGGCCAUGCAGGUUCUCGGAGGUCUGGAGAACGUGAUUGUCAGGCAAUUACCAGCUUGGAAACAUCUGGCUUCCAAAGUGUACGAGAUCCUGGAGGAGCUCCGAGCGGUGCAGGUCUUUCUGAAGAGUGAUGACCUGUGUCUGAUGGGGGCAGAGCACAAGAGGACGAGGCCGACGCUGCCGUCCUUCCACAUCCUGGCCAUGCAUGUGCAGCAGCUGGAGAUCGGGGCUUUCACUCUCACCAACGGGGCUUACAAGUGGACCAAACUCAGGAACAUCGCAAAGGUUGUGAGUCAGGUUCACGCCUUCCAGGAGGUCCUGUACCCCUACAGCUCAGACCAGGAUCUUCAGGCCUACCUGCGGCGUCGGGUCGCCCGCUUCGCCACCGCGGACAUCCACCUGCUGGCCGCUGACAGCGACGGCGGCUUUCAGCGGUCCAGCGAGCGUCAGACACGGAGGAUCCAUGACACGCUGAGGAGGGUGAAGGCUACCUUCCAGUGAAGCCUGCUCUGUCUCGAUUUACGCCGCCGAGAUGAACUACGAAUCCAGGACGUCGCUCUGGAAAAGUACUGGCCCCCCCUCCCAGAAAUCUUCUGUUUUUGCUUUUCACAGUUACAUGUUUCAGAUCGUUAGCUUGAUAACUUGAGUAAAUGCAAAGACAUAUUUUUAAAUAAUGAUUCCCAUUAUUUGGGGGAUAGAAAGCUAAGCAGCCUGGCCCUGUGCGGAAAUAAAAUCACCCGCUGUGCCACUUAAAUAGAAUCUGUACGCGAGCUAAAAGAUCUCUGAGACCAAAGAGGUUCAAGAAGAGAAAACAAGCAAAAUCACUGACACGAAUCAGUGAGAAAAGUGUUACAAAGCCUUUCCUGAGGCUUUUGGGACUCUCAAUUACAGUGAGAGCCGUUAUCCACAAAAGGAGAAAUCCAAAUGUACUAAUCAGCAACUUCUUCCAGGAGGUCAGAAAAGAACCAAGAGCAACAUCUAGGGCACCGCAGGCUUCACCUGUCUCAGCCGAGGUCAGUGUUCACCAUUCAAGGAUAGGAAAGAAACUGGCCACUAAUGGCGUCUGUGGAGAGUUCCAAGGUAUAAAUCAUUGAUCUGCAAAAAAGACACAAAGGCUCAUUACAUCCCCCCCCCCCCAAAAAAAAAUUUGAAUAAUCCCACAGACUUUGGAGA